AAAAAAACCGGGAUAAAAACGCCUUAAAACCCCUUAAAAAAUCGGGCUAAUAAAUAAAAACUCCCAUAGAGGAUCGCAGAGAGCCAUGAAGCACCGGAGCUGAGCAUUCCCGAGCUUUUUCCAGCGGUAAUUCCCGGUUUUCCAGCAUGUCCUUCGCUAUGAUCCGCUCAGCCCCGGGGAGAUUUUUAUACCCCGAUAUCAGCGCGUUGUCGGAGGAUGAGGAGAACAGCGAGAGCUCGGGCUCGGAGGAGAAACCUUUCCAUGUGGAUAGCGAUGGAUUCGGGGGGAAAAUCGGGAAGAGGAGGAGCGGGAAGAACCGAGGGAGGAUUUCCCGGGAGCCCCGGCAGAGGCACACGGCGAACGCUCGGGAAAGGGACAGAACCAACUCGGUGAACACGGCGUUCACGGCUCUCAGAACGCUCAUCCCCACCGAACCCGCCGACAGAAAACUCUCCAAAAUCGAGACUCUGCGCCUCGCUUCCAGCUACAUCUCGCACCUCGGGAAUGUUCUCCUGGUGGGAGAAUCCAGCGGGAAUGGGCAGCCCUGCCACGGAGGAGGAACAGCGGGAAAUGUGGGAUUUUAUCCCGCUGGAGCCGCCGUGUCGCCACCUCGGGAGGGGGAGAGCGCCCAGCCCCGCCAGAUCUGCACCUUCUGCCUCAGCAACCAGAGGAAAAUGAGCAAAGACCGGGACAGGAAGACGAACCAGCUCCGGAGCUAG